AUGGCUACCCUCUCGACAAGAAGGAGCACGGCAGCCGCAAGCACCGCCGGGCGGCGGCGGGGGGACGGAAGGGGUUGUGGCGCCGCUGACAACGCCGCGAAUGUCCCCCCGGAUGGCCGGUCGGGGAUCAGGCAGACGUACGGCGACCGGAGGCUGAGGAUAAACCCUAACAAGGAUCACAAGCCUGACAAGUACGACGAUCUGAAAUCGGACUUUGAUCCGGCGAUCUUCAGCUCUCUGGAGAGGCACUUGCCGCCGAGCAUGCUGGACGUGUCGAAGGAGGCGAAGAUUCAGUUCAUGAAGGAGAUUCUGGGGAGGUAUUUGCCUGAAGGGGAGCGAGCUAGGGCUCAGAAGCAUAAGGAAUAUAGGCAAAGGAUAAUGUCAGCAUACCAGCCUCUACAUAAACAGAUAUACAAUGUGGAUGCUACGACCUUUUUUGUUCCAUCAUUCAUUGAAGCUAUUAAGAAAAGCACGGAAGAGAGUUUUAGAAAUAUAAUAUCAGAACCCUCUCCUGGUGUGUACACAUUUGCGAUGCUUCAGCCAAGUUUCUGUGAGCUGCUGUUGGCUGAGGUUGAAAACUUUGAAAAGUGGGUCAAUGCAACUAAAUUUAAGACAAUGAAACCCAAUACCAUGAAUAAAUAUGGUGCUGUUCUAGAUGAUUUUGGUCUUGAAGCUAUGCUUAACAAUCUUAUGGAGAAAUUUAUAUGCCCCAUAUCUAGAGUAUUCUUUACAGAGGUUGGUGGAUCAGCACUAGAUUCACAUCAUGGGUUCGUGGUCGAGUAUGGAAAUGACAAGGAUAUUGAGUUAGGUUUCCAUGUAGAUGAUUCAGAAGUUACUUUAAACGUAUGCCUGGGCAAGGAAUUUUCUGGUGGUGAAUUAUUUUUCCGAGGCGUACGUUGUGACAAACAUGUAAAUUCAGAAACUCAACCUGAGGAAAUCUUAGACUAUUCUCAUGUACCUGGUCGAGCUGUGCUUCAUCGUGGUCGUCAUCGUCAUGGUGCUCGACCUACAACAUCUGGGCAUAGAAUCAAUCUGUUAAUGUGGUGCAGAAGUUCAGUCUUCAGAGAGAUGAAAAGGUACCAAAAGGACUUCUCCGGCUGGUGUGGUGAGUGCCAACGUGAAAAGAAAGAAAGGCAGAGGCAGUCUGUAGCUGCUACAAAACUGGCAUUCCUCAGGAGUGAAGGAGGGUCGAUGAUAUAAUAUUUAUAUGUAACAUUGAUUUUGCGUUUGUAACAUAGAUAAUCUAGAUGCUCACCUGCGUCAUUGGUGGAUUGUAAUCGUAGUUCUCCAAAAGCAUUCUUCUGAGCCCAAACUUUUGGGAUGUUGAAGGAUGAUUGUACAUUUGAAGUAAUAAUUCAUAAAUAUCUAACAUGUCUCAUUUGCGACUCAAAACA